GUCGCGGGGAGAGGAGCCCCGGAGGGAGCGGGGAAUCCCACAGCCCUUUGUGGUGCCCGAGCCCGUGCCGCCUGCCGAGCGGGGUCGGUGGGAGCUAGGUGCAUCCAUGGAAAUGCCUGCCGCGCAGGGAUAUUGCUUGAGUUGACCUUCCCGCGGCUCAUUCUUUUGAGGACCCUUUGUUCAGUCCAAAAUGGCAGAGAAGGCACCCCCUGGCUUAAACAGGAAGACAUCAAGGUCGACACUUUCUCUUCCACCGGAACCGGUGGACAUCAUUAGGAGUAAAACGUGCUCCCGUAGAGUGAAAAUCAACGUGGGGGGCCUCAACCACGAGGUCCUGUGGAGAACGUUGGACCGGCUGCCCAGGACCCGCCUGGGGAAGCUCCGCGACUGUAACACGCACGAGAGCCUCCUGGAGGUGUGCGACGACUACAACCUGAACGAGAACGAGUAUUUCUUCGAUCGGCACCCUGGAGCCUUCACUUCCAUUUUAAAUUUCUACCGGACAGGGAAGCUCCACAUGAUGGAAGAAAUGUGCGCUCUCUCUUUCGGCCAAGAGCUUGAUUACUGGGGGAUCGAUGAGAUCUACUUAGAAUCCUGUUGCCAAGCCAGGUAUCAUCAAAAGAAGGAGCAGAUGAACGAAGAGCUGCGGCGGGAGGCGGAGACCAUGCGGGAGCGGGAGGGAGAAGAGUUUGAUAACACGUGCUGCCCUGAAAAGAGGAAGAAACUGUGGGACCUGCUGGAGAAGCCCAACUCGUCUGUGGCUGCAAAGAUCUUGGCUAUCGUGUCCAUCUUGUUCAUCGUCCUCUCCACCAUUGCGCUGUCUCUCAACACGCUACCAGAGCUGCAGGAGAUGGAUGAAUUUGGACAGCCCAAUGACAACCCCCAGUUAGCCCACGUGGAGGCCGUGUGUAUCGCCUGGUUUACCAUGGAGUACCUUUUACGGUUCCUGUCCUCACCAAAUAAAUGGAAGUUCUUUAAGGGCCCGCUGAACGUUAUCGACUUGCUGGCCAUCUUGCCAUAUUACGUCACCAUCUUCCUCACGGAGUCCAACAAGAGCGUGUUGCAGUUCCAGAACGUGAGGCGCGUGGUCCAGAUCUUCCGAAUCAUGCGUAUCCUCAGGAUCCUGAAACUCGCCAGACACUCGACGGGCCUGCAGUCCCUGGGUUUCACCCUCAGGCGGAGUUACAAUGAACUGGGCUUGUUGAUAUUGUUCUUGGCCAUGGGGAUAAUGAUAUUCUCCAGCCUGGUAUUUUUUGCCGAGAAGGACGAAGAUGCUACCAAGUUCACCAGCAUCCCGGCCUCGUUUUGGUGGGCCACCAUCACCAUGACCACUGUCGGCUACGGUGACAUCUACCCAAAAACGUUAUUAGGGAAGAUCGUGGGAGGCCUCUGCUGUAUCGCGGGGGUUCUGGUGAUCGCCCUUCCCAUCCCAAUCAUUGUGAACAAUUUUUCUGAGUUUUACAAGGAGCAGAAACGCCAGGAGAAGGCCAUUAAGAGGAGAGAGGCUCUCGAGCGGGCCAAGAGGAAUGGAAGCAUCGUUUCUAUGAACUUAAAAGAUGCCUUUGCUCGCAGUAUGGAACUGAUAGACGUGGCUGUGGAGAAGACGGGAGAGUCGGCCAAUACAAAAGACUCCACGGGUGAUAACCACCUCUCUCCAAGCCGGUGGAAGUGGGCCAGGAAGGCUCUGUCGGAAACAAGCUCCAACAAGUCUUACGAGAAUAAGUACCAGGAGGUCAGCCAAAAAGACUCCCACGAGCAGCUGAACAACACUUCUUCCUCCAGCCCACAGCACCUGAGUGCCCAGAAACUGGAGAUGCUCUACAACGAAAUCACCAAGACGCAGCCUCACGCCCACCCGAAUCCCGACGGCCACGAGCAGCCCGAGAGGCCGUCUGCGUAUGAAGAAGAGAUAGAGAUGGAGGAGGUGGUCUGCCCGCAGGGGCAGCUGGCCGUGGCGCAGACCGAGGGCAUCGUGGACAUGAAGAGCACCUCCAGCAUCGACAGCUUCACGAGCUGCGCCACCGACUUCACGGAGACCGAGAGGUCGCCCCUGCCGCCGCCCUCCGCUUCCCACCUGCAGAUGAAGUUCCCCCCCGACCUCGCCCGGAUAGAGGAGCACCAGAGAGCCAGGGGCCCCCCAUUCCUCACCCUAACCCGAGAGAAGGGGCCCGCGGCCAGGGACGCCAGCCAGGAAUACGCUCCAGUCGACGUAACUGUGAACCUCGACUCCAGCGGGUCCCAAGGUGGGCCCCACGGCCCCUUGCAGUCGGACAGCGCCACCGAGAGCCCGAAGAGCUCGCUGAAAGGCAGCAACCCGCUCAAGUCCAGAUCGCUCAAGGUGAACUUCAAGGACAACAGAGGCGGUGCCCCGCAGACCCCACCCAGCACGGCCAGGCCACUGCCGGUCACCACGGCGGACUUCCCACUCAGCGCCCCGCAGCUCAUCAGCACCAUCCUCUUAGAAGAAAGCCCCUCCCAGGGAGACAGACCCUUGCUGGGCGCUGAGGUUCCGGCACAUUGUCAGGGACCGUCCAAAGGGCUGACGCCUCGGUUUCCCAGGCAGAAACUCUUUGCUUUCUCAUCCAGAGAGAGGAGGAGCUUCACGGAAAUAGACACGGGCGAAGACGAUGAUUUCUUAGAGCUCCAAGGGACCACGAGGCGGGACAAGCGGGCAGACUCCAACCCGAACUGCUUUGCAGAUAAGCCUAGUGACGGAAGAGACCCUCUAAGAGAAGAGGCCUCUGUGGGCUCUUCCUCUCCGCAGGACACAAGUCACAACUGUAGGCAAGACAUUUACCAUGCUGUGGCGGAAGUAAAACAGGACAACAGUCAAGAAGGGUGCAAGAUGGAAAACCACUUGUUUGCCCCAGAAAUUCAUUCCAACCCAGGAGACACAGGGUACUGUCCCACACGUGAAACCAGCAUGUGACUAGUUACAAAGGCAAUAAUAAAAACACAAAAACAAAAACAAACAAAAAAAAACUUGUUUCUUAAAAAUGCGGUUAAUAAUGCCUGUGAACUAAAAAGUGGGAAGCCCCUCCCCCCAAAAAAGUGCAUAAAA